AGGUUCCCUUGGUGCUUUCUCUCCUCGGGUGGCUGUGACUGAGGAGUGGCUGUGGCUGCAGGGAGUGCCAGGCUCCAAUCCCCAGCUGUGCAAGGCAGGACUGGGAUGUCCCUGGGUUCUGCUGCUGCUGGCAGAUUGCCCGUGGAUCAGGUAUGAGCUGGUGGGAUUGUCCCUGGAGCAGUGCAGAGGGGUGAGGGCCAGGUGCUGCUCACAGCCCCCGGGUCAGGGCCUCGGUGCUGCUGUGGAACUGAGCUUUGCUUUGCUCAGGGUGGGGAGUUGCUGUUGGAAGUGGUGCUGCUAUGUAUUUGUGUAACCCCUGCUGAUGGGGAGAGCCUUGGGAAAGGGGCCUUGGGACAGGGGUGUCACUGAGCCCUCAGAGUGUGUGUGGCCCUUGAAACAUCCAAGGGUUCAUCUGUUCUGCUGCACCUCUGAUCCCCUGGGGUUGUUCUCAGGUCCCUCCAGGCACCCCAGUCCAUGCAGGGCAGGACCUGAGUGAAGGUGGAGGCACAGGAGCAGAGUUCUCCCUCGAGCUGGGUCUGGUCCAGGAUCAAGACAGCUCUGUGUCCCUGGAUGGAGCUGGUUUAUCCCUCGGGGAGCCGUGUCUGCUCAGGGACUGGCUUACGCCACAGGGAGUGUGUCUCUGCUCAGGAGGGGCUUAUCCCACAGGGAGUGUGUCUCUGCUCAGGGACUGGUUUAUCCCACAGGGAGUGUGUCUGGUCAGGGGCUGGUUUAUCCCACAGGGACCUGCUCUCUGUGCUCGGGGCUGGUGGCUGCUUCUCCACAGCGGGGAGUGGGGGGGGUUGGGGUGGAGCAGCUUAAAGGCCAAGCUGCAAAGCUGGCCUACUUCUGUGUGUUUUAAAUUACAGAGGUUAAACACAGGGGGCUGGAAGAUCUAGGAAACAGGCCUUGCUGCUCUACAGUUUUGGAAAAGAGAACUCUCAGCUGAUGGUUUUGAUUCCCUGCCCUCAGUACAAAAGCAGGGAUGGCUGAAGUCUCUGCUGCACCUCUGACCUUGAGGAAAGCUGACAGGCUUUUUUGGGCAGAACAUUUUUGAGCAGCAGCAAAGGGCUGGUGUAGCUGGGAGCCCUGUGUGCUGUGUGACAGGGUCAGACAGCUCCACAUUCCCUGUGACACGUGGGGGUGCUGCAGGGACAAGGGGGAAACGCAGCCAGUCCCGCCUCUGGCAGUGUUUGUCACCGAAGGAGGGGACAGCCUGUUCUGCCCCUGUCUGAUGGCAGCAGCCUGGGGGGAGCACAUUGAUUAGAGAGCAAAAUGGCAAAUGCUUGGUUCAGUUAAAGGCACAGCCGUUCCCUGCCAGGUCCUGCCACUCAGCGGCCGCCCGCUGACUCUGACACUUGUGCCUAAAACCUCCAUUUGAUUUCUGAAGAUUUCUAUUUUCCUUCCUAAAGAGCCUGAGCGACUAAAGACCCCCAGGAUGGCCAGUGCCUGGGCACAGGAUUCAGAGCUGCACAGGCUUUACCCAAAUGCUCACGAAAGCCAAAAGUAGAGGUUAGAAAUAAAUUCCAAGUCCUUUGCUUGUGAAAGAUGGAUCCUGAGCACAGAAAACAAGGAUUGCAGAGCAGCCACUGUCCUUAUGGCCCCCAAAGGUGGAGCAGGGAAUGCUAAUCCCUGCGCAGCCUCGUCACCAAGAGGAUUAGGCAGGAGUUCAUCUGGGCCAGGGUUGUCAGCGGGCAGGACAGGAGGCAGCGCAUGGCUGGGUAAGGGGGCAGAGGGGAGGGGGCCGGGGGGUCCCUGCCGAGCGCGUGUCCCACAUGAGGGGAUCUGGCCCCACAAACGCUCAGGCUCCCUCUCGUUGUCCUGGCAGGUGGCGAGCUGGGACAGGCUCUGGCGUGUGGUGGCACCGGGCGGCUGCCACACAACCCUCCACUGCACAGAGCGAGGCGUCGGCUCCGGGCCUGCAGGGCCUCCGUGUCCCGGGGGUGCCAUGGGCCGGCAGCGCAGCCCCCCGGGGCCGUGGUGGGGGCGGCCCCUGCGCGCCGGGUGCUGGUGGCUGCUGUGGCUCUGCGGGACGGCGCUGCGGGGGCUGCGCUGGCUCUGGAGCCUCACCUGGGUCCUGCUGAUCUGCUACAAGAGCUGCUGGGACAGUGCCUUCCAGGUCACAGAGGAGCUCGGAACAUCGCUGCAGCUGAGGCUGGAGGGGAGCGAGGAGGAGGAGGAGGAGAAUGGGAGCUCCGAUUCUGCGCUGGAGCCUGGGCAGCCAGUGGCGCAGUGGCAGGGGCACGGGGAUGCCGGAGAGGCCGUGCUGGAGAGGCUGGAGGGGCUGGAGGCCGACGUCCGCUUCCUCUGCACGGAGCUGGGGGCAGAGAAGCUGCUGUGGAGCAGCCGGUUCCUGGAGCUGCUGCGGGAACAACAGAGCCUUCGCCAGCGGGUGAGUGCCCCGUGGGGUCCCAGCCCCCCCAGCCCCCUCUGGCACCCCAGCCCGUCACACCCUGUCCCAGCUGCAGGAGCUGCCAUGGCAAUGGAACCGCAGCGACAGCCCCGAGCUGCUGGGGGAAGUGGAGGAUCAAAGUGCCAGUGGGAGCGAGGGAGAGAGCCCAGAAGGACGCCAGUGGACAGAGCCACUGUGGCAACCACGUGGCACCACCCAGCCUGAUGGCAGGAAACGUAAGUGAAGGUGUGAGCAGGGCAUCAGCGAGUCACCAAGGAGCCACACGUCCCUCCCUGCCCAGGCUGCUCAGGACACAGGCCAGGAUGGUGCAGUCCCAGCUGUGUCGCCGUGUCCCUGUAUGUGCCUCCAGCCGUCGGUGCCAGCCAGGCCUGGCCCCAUCCAGCAGAACUGCAGCCAUUCCUUAGGAGCAGGAACCAGCCGAGGGGCAGGUCAGGGUGAGCUGCUGGCCCUGGGGCUGCCCCAGGAGGAGUCACAGCCACCCCCCUGCCCAGGGCCACCCCAGGGCUGACUGUGCCCUGGUGGGGCUGGCUUUGGUGGAGCCCACUGAAGAGCAUCCUCCUGAUCUACUGCACCUUGUUGGGAGGUUCUGGGAACAAGGAGUCUGCUCACCAGUGGCCACAGACACUUUGCACAAGCUGGAGCUGCUGGAGCAAUGGAUUGCAAAACUCACCCCUUGACUUCCUCGUGGGCCAGACCCGGCCCCUCCGUCAGCAGCUCUGCCCGUGCUGCAGGGCUGGGCCAGCUCUCGUGACAGCAGCUCCCCCUCAUCCCCCAGAUGAUGAGCCCUGGGAGCUCUGGUCCCGUUGGGAGCAGGGCUGAGGGGCCUCCCCGUGCUCAGGAGUGGCCGAGCACAGAGGGGCUGUGUCCUGCCCCCACCCCGGGGUCCCCAGGGCCCACUGUGCUGGGGCUGUUCAAUACAGGCGGCUGCUUCCCAUCGGUUGUGUCCACCUGGUCUUUCCCCGGCAGAGCUGGGACAGCGGCACCCCCAGGUCCCAGCUCUUUGGGGAGGGGGACAGGAUGAGCUCUCACUGAAGCAGAGCAGGGACCAGCACUCACCCGUGGCAAGGGCUGGGGACAGGCUCCUGCAGCAGGCAGGGAUCGGCAGGAUCCGUCCGACGUGUCCGUGCAGCUCCCACACCAGGGAACUGAUGCAACACAAAUAGCAGCGGCCUGACUCACCCACCCCCACCUGGCUGAGGGGGGACAGCCCCACGCUGCUCAGGAACACCAAAAUGAACCAGGUCCUGCAAAUGAACUGCUCUGGGGACAGCACUGCAGCCUCAAACAUCCCUUUCCUGCAGGGAUCAGCAGCAUCCACACACACAGUGGGAGCACUGGCCAUGUCCCACAGCAGCUCUGCAGUGUCGGGAUGAGGUCCUGUCCCCACUGCAGCCACUGUUCACCUCUCUCGUGGCAAUCCUUGGGCUGGAAAUCCCCAGCCAGCCCCACAGGGACAGGGACACGGCUCAGGAGGUGGAGGGUGACAUCAAACAGCAUCAGCUGCAGCCACCAGCUCUCCCUGCCCCGACCACCCUGUCCCCAGAGAGGGAAGAGCUGCCUCACAGGCCACGGAACAUUUCCCAGGCCACGGAAACCUUUCCCAGGCCACCACACCAUGCAAAUCCUCCUGACCUAUUGCUCAACCCGAGGCUGUGUUUACUCCAAUGUAUUUGUGCAAUAUUGUUCCCUGCUCCCAGCCUGUGGCUUCCUCAGAAGGGCUGAGCUGGCAGCUGCUCUGGCAGCAGGGCUUUGGCUCCAAGGGGCAGCCCCUGGCCUUGGGGAGCGUGGGGGUACAAGGGAUAUAAUCCCCAGGGCCUAAUCCCUGAGGAAAGCAGGUGACAGGACUGAAAAAACACAUGGCUGGAGGGCGAGUGCUGACAGCACCUGCACAGGUAGCAGCCAUCCAGCACCAGCCUCCCCUCCCACCACGCUGGGACAGCACCCAGCUCCUCCCCAGCACCUUUCUGUUCUCUUGGUUCAACAUUUAUUUUGCAGUUACUCGCUUCCUGCAGUUCUGUCUUACAGCAAGGCUGUGUUGCAAAAGAAGUUUGAGGUACAGAGUGCAAAGCUGCUGCUGUAUUUGGGACACCUCUUCCUCUCUGCUGCAAGAGCAGCAGCCUCAGCACUGGGGAAACACAGUGGGUUGAUGCUGAACCUGCUCCCGUGUAUGGGAGCCCCAGGUGGUGACAUCAGCAUAUCCCCCGUGAGGGCACACACACAUGUGCUCCUGUUACACACCAGCCUCUUUCCCAUGGCCUGCACAGGAACCUUGGGUCAGAUUCCUGCCUCUGGAAACGCCUUAAAAAGUUAGAACUGAGCUAGCCACAUCCUGGAAAUCCCCUGAUGGGAGGAACCAGUUGGGUUCAGGUGGAAGUGCAGUGAGCAAGGGUGGCACAGGCCGUGGUGCCAGGGAGAGGAGAGUGAGCCCCAGAGGAGCUGCCUCCCCCCGAGCUCAACAGCACACAGCCCACAGGAUGAGGGCUGGGAACCCCCUGAGCACAGGAAACCUUCAACAGGCCCAUGUGUGACCUCCUUCCCCCCAGCAGCCCAUGAGCUGACAAGCAGAUCUGACCCAUUUUGGUUGGCCCAGCACACAAAGCAAACACCCACCAGUCAUGGCAGGCUCUCCCCAAAACAUGAGAGGAAAUCCUGCACUGACAGCCCAGUGAGGCUGCCCAUGUGUGCAACUCCACCAACUCACUGCAGACUGUGCAAGGUGGGGAAAAUGUGCAGCAGCAGCAGUUCCAAUUAGCAUUCCAAUUUCCCCAGCUCCUGGUGAGCAGGCCCCUGGGGAGGCAAUGCUUACCCAGAACACAUGGGAUGCUCUGGGGGCAGGUUUGCCCCUACAGAACCUUGUGUGACAGGAGAGAAUUCCGAGACCAGCAGUGGGAUGGCAGGUGGGUGGGCCAGCUGCCCCAGCACAGGCUUGUGGGAACAGCUUUGACCAGAUCUGACCCUCCCAAACUGCUCCAACAAUGAACCUCUGCACUGAUUCCUUUAAUUGUGUCAGAUCAGCUUUGAGGGAAGCAAAAAUAAACAUCCCCCUACCCCUGCACAUCCUGCAAAACUAGAAUUACCUAUUAAGGUCUUUUACAAGAAAAGCAGCCUUAACACCCUGCAGCAUUUUUCAGCUACAGACCCCACCAAGGACAGGAGCAAACUGCACACCUGGUUAAAGGUGUGCUCAGAUCUGCAGCACUCCAUCCCCACCACACACGCCCAGAGCCACGUGAGCUGUCACUGCAGUGACGUCCCCAGGGAGUUCCUCUGCCACAGCCAGUAACAGACCUCAGGCUGUGAAGGUCCAGGUUUGUUUUGAAACAGCUGUCCCUGGGAGCACUUGCCUCCCUCGUUUCUGAUUAACUACAGAGUCAUGGCCCUGUGGUAAAGGAAGAGCCCAAGUUUGAAUACAGACCAUAAAGUUAUUUAACUGGUGAGAUAAGAAUGUGCUGUGCUGCACUGGAGCAGGUGGGAGGGGAAGAUCCUUACACAGCAACAUGAGCACUGAUAUUCCUGCUGCACUUCCAGUCCAUAACAAACCUUCGGAGCAAAGUCUGGACAGUUUGCAUAUUCCACACUCAACAGCUGGCAUGCAUGUGCCAUACCUGAAUAAAAUAUGUA